AUGGACAUGACGCCGCGCUUCGGCAUGGUACUCGAUGUGAUACGUCAAGCCGGGUUCCAGGACUUUGAAGAAAUGAUUGUAGCCUACUACACGUCGCAUUUUGAAUGGGGCAGCGUCCCCGCCAUGCUGCAGUGCGUCAGCCGCAAUCGUCGUCUCAAAGCCAUGCUGCGCGAGUUGCAACGGAGUAGCAGCCAGUGGCCGCGCUGGGAGGCCCGCGGGCUCCACGAAAGCUUCUCUGAAGCGACAAUCUUGCUCUGUCUCAACGAAAUGCAGCGCAUGUCCCAGGCGCCAGUGGUCCGCCCAUCGCAAGGGGAGACGGCGAACCUCAUCACAGGCCUCGAGUGGCUUCUGCGGGACCAAGGAUGCAACUCCCAGAACUACUCGAGGACAACGAAUAAGUGGAAUUCAUCCGCACAGGUCGAGGCGGCCCCAGACUCGAUGCCACACCUCUGGGCUUUGCUUACGGAACUGAUCGGUGUACAAAGCCUCUACUGUGAUAGAAUUGUUCGUAUCGUGCUUGCUAUAAUAUUAUACGCUCGACGCGUGCAGUGA